AUUUCUGCACGGCCAUCAUUUGUUUUUUGUUGUGACAGGAGUCCUUCACAGCUCAUAUUUUUUUAAUGCGUGUAAGCAGGGUGUAGGUCUUAUUUAUUAGGAUAGUUUUAUUUAAAAAUGCGGUAUUUUUAAUGACACUAAUAUUUAAUUAUCUUAAUCCUCAUUUAUAGUGUGCCGAGUUCACUAAAAAGCCACGUCUGGUCAGUACGUUCAUAAAGGUCGGAUGACAGGUGAGAAUUUGGGUUUUACUCUGAAAAGACAUAAUGAGCGACAGCGUUCAUCUAAGUUGGACAAACACGGGUAAAGACGACCAGCACAGCAGCACCACUCCGUCCGACCAGGAGAGCUUCCCGUACGACGCGGAAGACCCGGGCGAAGAGAGCGACGCGCCGGAGCCGAGAGACGGCGCGGUCAGUCCGGAGGAGCUCAACGACGACGACACGUCCGGGGAGAGCGAGAACGUGCCCAAGACCUGCACCUAUGACGGCUGCACGGAGACCACGACGCAGGUGGCCAAAGCAAGGAAACCCUGGAUGUGCAAAAAACACCGGAAUAAAAUGUACAAGGACAAGUAUAAGAAAAAGAAAAGCGACCAGGCCAUGUCCUCGGGAAAACUAGAAGAGGGCUCGGAGGAGAGGCCUGUAUCUGUUACUAAGCAACGGCUGGGUACCAUAGGAGACAGACCAAGCAGACCGUCCCUCAUCGAGCAGGUGCUGAACCAGAAGAGACUGUCUCUGCUGAGGAGUCCAGAAGUCAUCAGUUUCCUUCAGCAGCAGCAGCGUUUACUGACCACACAGAAUCAAGCUCAAACACAGCACAACUACUGAAGACUGAAGAUGUUUUACUCACCCUGUCGAGGAUUUAAUGCAGUCACAUGUUCACAGACAUUUUUAAAUGAGCAGUAUUCUAUAUUCAUGUGGGAACUGUGAGCAUCUAUGACCUGCAGCCAUCCUCAGUGGUGUGUAGACUAUCAACACUGCAUUCAGAAAACUGGGAUAUCUGACAAGGAUCUAAUAGUACUGCUGUUAUCAUCAAGCUCUUGGAGAUCAUGAAAUGAAUUUGCAGCUAAAUCUACUGUAUAGUAACAAUCCAUUUGAAUAGCCAUCAUGUUCAGCCACAUGUAGUGUCAUUAAGGAGUUUUAAAUUAAUUGUUGUAGCCAAUUCUGAUGUGUUAUGUUUUUUGUUGGUGGUAAGUUGCAUGGGGGUGACGUUCUUCCACCUGCACACUAGGGGGCAUAGGCAUGGCAUUAUGCUAGUUGUGGAGGCUAUAUGAUUAAGACACAGGUGAGCCAGAGGUAGGACGAUCAGGAGAAGCCACAUAGUUUUUCAACCGUGCAUGCGUGCAGGUGUGGUUUGAUCAUGUUCAGCUAUUGGCACUAUGUUUAAUGUUGUAUAUGGAUGAGCUCAAUUGACAUCAGUAAUGCAAGCAGCAGUGUUUGUAAGUAAUUAUAUUCUUCAUUGAAUAAAGUGUUAAUCGAG